AGUUUAAAAACACGGCGAAGGAGCAGCAAGCAUGGCGUCUUCGUACUAUCAGGAGAUGCAGGAGGUCUUCAGGAAUAACAAUAAAAGCAGAGAGUUCCCGGCACACAGUGCUAAAGUGCAUUCGGUGGCCUGGAGCUGCGAUGGAAAACGAUUGGCGUCCGGAUCGUUUGAUAAAACCGCCAGCGUGUUCGUCCUGGAAAAAGACCGACUGGUGAAGGAAAACAACUACCGAGGGCAUGGAGACAGUGUGGAUCAGCUGUGCUGGCAUCCCACCAACCCUGAUCUGUUCGUCACUGCAUCAGGAGACAAGACCAUCCGCAUCUGGGACGUACGGACCACCAAAUGCAUGGCCACGGUCAGCACCAAAGGAGAGAAUAUCAACAUAUGUUGGAGUCCUGAUGGUCAGACUAUUGCUGUCGGCAACAAGGAUGAUGUUGUGACUUUCAUCGAUGCCAAGACGCACCGUCCCCGUGCCGAGGAGCAGUUCAAGUUUGAGGUCAAUGAGAUCUCCUGGAAUAAUGACAAUGACAUGUUCUUCCUGACAAAUGGAAACGGCUGUAUUAAUAUAUUAAGUUAUCCUGAGCUAAAGCUCAUACAGUCAAUUAAUGCUCAUCCGUCCAACUGCAUCUGCAUUAAAUUCGAUCCCACAGGCAAGUAUUUUGCCACAGGAAGUGCAGAUGCGCUGGUCAGUCUGUGGGAUGUGGAGGAGCUGGUCUGUGUGCGCUGCUUCUCCAGACUAGACUGGCCUGUGCGGACACUUAGUUUCAGUCACGAUGGGAAAAUGCUGGCGUCAGCUUCUGAGGAUCAUUUCAUUGACAUUGCUGAAGUAGAAACAGGUGAGAAGCUCUGGGAGAUUCAGUGCGAGUCUCCAACCUUCACUGUAGCGUGGCAUCCGAAGAGACCACUGCUGGCGUACGCCUGCGACGAUAAAGAGGGCAAAUACGACAGCAACCGAGAGGCAGGCACCGUCAAGCUCUUCGGACUUCCCAAUGACUCCUGAGGACCAGAGUCUUCAUGUGUUCAGGCGUAUUCUGCAUUAUUUGAGUUUCAGACGUGACCAGCAGAGGGCAUCACAAGCUCAGAGGAAACGAGGCAAGGCAUUGCAAUGUAUAAUAUGGGCAGUUUUGUAUGUUUGCUUUUUUUUUUUUUUAAUAGAAAUAAACUUUAUGUGCUGUAUUUUUUAAAUAAAGUGUUUCAUAAAGUAUGAUUGACCUAAA